CAUAAGUAGAACGGCUUCUAAUAAGAGAAAUCAGACAACGGGGGAGAGGAGAGGAAAAUGGGUUACGUACUGAGAGUGAGAUUGGCCUCGUUCUUCACGGGGGCUGCAGCGUCGUCGUUUCUGGGGCUCUACAUUCUUCACAGAGAUUACAAGGUUGCCCAGGAGGCCAUUUCCGAACAGGUUAAAGGCAUUACUGAGUCAUUGGACAGACGAAUUUCAGCUUUGGAAAAGUUGAAAGAAAAUGAAACCUCCGAACAUGUGGGGCGAACAGAAUAGCUGCCUUAAGGCACACUAUGGCAAUUUGUUGUUGAGGCUCCAAGCAUGAAAUUUCUUACUGCACCCUUUUUGUUUGAGGAAUAAUUACUACUUGCCCUUGUAGCAUUACUCAAAUCUGUUGAUGAAAAUAGCGCUCUGAAUUUUACUGUUCAGAGCUUUUUAA